AUGUCAGGGAAACGGCCAUACGAAGAUCCACAAGAUGAUCGCAAUCCUAAACGGCCCAGACACUCUCUUCCUCCUCCUCAAACACGCUCGUAUCCACACCCAUCAACAUCAGCACCAAGAUCUCAACAACAUCAAUAUUCAGCUGAUUCAGUCGCUCCUCUCGUAGCAUCUCACUACAACGCUAAACCGGACGCGGGAUUAUCAGUCCGAAGCCAAUCUGCCAUCAUUGGAUUACGGGACUUCAAUAACUGGUGUAAAGCUGUAAUCAUUCAGGAAUUCACAAAGAGAGCUAGACUGACCAUUCCACAUAAUGCUCAACGUGGACUACGUGUCUUGGACAUGUGCUGCGGUAAAGGUGGUGAUUUGGGGAAAUGGGCUAAAGCUGGUAUUCAGGAAUUGGUUGGACUUGAUAUCGCCAAAAUCUCGAUUGACGAUGCAAAAGGUCGCUAUGAAGAAGGCAGAAGACGUCGUGGUCCAAGUGCAUUCAUGUUCAAUGCAUUCUUCCAAACUCAAAACUGUUUCGUGAGACCAUUAUCUGAUUCACUCGGCCCAAAUCCUCCACCCUUUGAUCUAGUCAGCACGCAAUUCAGUUGGCAUUACUCGUUUGAAAACGAAGGAUCUGCUCGACAAGCUUUGAAGAACGUAUCGGACGCUUUGAGACCUGGCGGUUUCUUUAUUGGAACAUUGCCAGAUGCUUACUGGAUUGUAAAACGUUUAAAAUCAGAAAACGGCUUAUCAUUCGGUAACUCGAUAUACAGCAUCAAAUUCGAACAGAGAGACAAGUUUCCUCUAUUUGGUCACAAGUACUGGUUUGUAUUGGAAGAUGCCAUUGACAAUGCUCCUGAAUUUUUGGUGCACUUUCCAAGCUUGACCAGGCUUGCUGCAGAGUAUGGUCUGAAACUGGUAUUCAAGAAGCGGCUACAUGAUUUGUAUUUGGAGAGAUCUCAGGAAGGGGACGAUGGCCAGCUGUUUCGUAGAAUGUUGGGUAAUAAGGUUAUUACGGAUGAUGAGUGGGAAGCUAUUGGAAUCUAUCUCGCGUUUGGUUUUCAAAAACAAGAACCUGCACCUGUGCAACAGAACAUUCUGUAA